AAGGGGAAAAAAGUGAAAAAUGCGCGGGGAGUGGAGUAAAGUUUUUUUUUUUCGGUUUCUGCUGUAAGCGUGGUAACACUGGGCAAUAAUUAACCUAUUUCUGUAACGGUGCCAAGCCAUGCGCCACAAUCAAGGUGUGCAAAAAAAAAACCCCAUUGUAGGGCUUUCAAUUUGAAAUGGAAGUCAGCAUAGAAACAAGUGAUUUCAAUACUCUCUUUCCAUGAUAUGACAGAUUUGUAUAGAUAAUACAAGCUAGGAAGAAGCAUACAAGUCAUUACAGCUAUUCUUCUUUAAAAAAGCUAUAUGUAGCGAUUGCCAUCUUAUUCAAUGGCCUAAAACAUAACUUUCCUUUGAAAGACAUGUACAUUUUUCAUUUAACGAUGUGCGAUUCUAAUUUUAGACGAAUGGACGAAAAUGCCUUACCUAAAGUGUUAGUCAUCAACGCUUUAUUGGAUGGAAGUCUAUCUCCGGCCCCAAGUUCCAACAUUUUAUACCAUUUUCAAAAAGAAGGUGGGAAUGAAAAAGUUGGAUCUCCACCUUUAUUCUCAUUCGCCUGGGAAAAAGGCUGGACAAGGCUACAGCAAUCGUGUAACAAUAACCCCUUCUACUACGUAGCCUGUAAAAAAAGAGUGGCUGUCUACAGUGCACUUGCAGUAACACUGGCCGGGCCACUUUCACUCAAUAGACGAGGGAAUAGACGUCUGAUAAUUGUAAAAAUUGCAAACACUUCACAGAAUGACAACCUUGGAAAACGUCCGUUCUGCCGAGAUGAAUCCCACGGAAAAGCGUCGGAAUGUAUUCACUUGUUGAUGUUGAAAAUGCUUGAUUUUAUUCUACUCAAUAACCUUCAUUUAUGA